UUCUUUUAGACUGACCAAUCAGCUACUUGUUUAGUGCAGGCACAAUCAAAACAUCCAACAUGGCGGACGGGGACGAUUUGGAUUAUAUGUCCGACGCGAUUUUGCAGCAAACUUCUGAUGUGCGUCCAGGGUUACCUGUUCUUAAGAGAGUGGCCAGACAACGAGAACUUGAGAAAAAGCAGAAAGAGGCAAAUGAAAGAAGCAGAGUAAAGCCCUUAAAACAACAGCAGGCUGAGAAACGUGAUGAGGCACUGAGUCAACCAAUCAGCAGUGACAACAUAGGGUUCAAAAUGCUCCAGAAGAUGGGUUUCAAGCAGGGGCAAGGCUUGGGCAGAUUAGGAAAAGGCAGAGCAGAACCUGUGCCUCUGGAGGUGAAGGCAGACAGAACUGGCAUGGGUCUAGCCAAUGAACAGAAGAGAAAGGCAGAUGAGAUGAACAAAAUGCGCCAGGAGAUGCAAAGAAAACGUCAAAGAAUGGAGGAGCUGGAACGAGGAGAUUUCACUCUAAGGAUGAAAAGUAGAUUUACAGAGAGAGAAGUGCAACGUGAUUUAUACAAGAGCCAGAAGGUGUGUGAACAGUUGGAUAGUGCAAAGAGUAUCACCGAACCAGUUGCUCCAUGGUAUUGGCCAAAAAUUGCUCAAGCAAAAGAUGAGGAGGAAGAAGGUGAAGAAGGUGAUGAAGAGAAAGAAGAGACAGAGGAGGAAGAAGACGAACUUCAGCCUGAAGAAAUGCUUCAAGAGCUAACAAGUUACCUGAGGAGAGAGCAUCUAUACUGUCUUUGGUGUGGAACAGCAUACAAUGAUGAAAAGGAUCUUGCAGACAAUUGUCCAGGCGAUGAUGCAGCAGCUCAUGGAUAAUAGGACACUCCGACUAUGACACUCUUUUCAAAGUGGGAUACCAGUCAUACUCAUAGAACUCCACUAAAAUGUACUUAUUGUUUUCUAUGUUACACCAUGCUCUCAUGACAAUGUUGAAAUCCAAGAAAACAAAGGCAAUGUUAUUCACCAGCACAGGAAAUGUUUAUUAUCUAAUUUUUGAAAGUCAUACAAUAAGCCAGAUUGUUGAAGACAAUGCCUUGCUAACAUCAUAAUUGAAGAGGCUUGCCUCUACAUCACUGAUCUGUCAGAUAAACAGUUACAGUACUAUCAAUAUCGUAGUUAAAUAUCAAUUGAUGGUCUAAUUACAACACUUACCCACUAUUCAGUGUGGCUACACAGGAUCAUUAAAACUUAUAUUUUAA